AUGGCAGUUGAUACUCAACCAGUCAAUACCAACGAUGCAUCUUCCCCGUUUGGAGUGGCCAUCAUUGGGUGUGGCUUAAUUGGCUUACAUGUUGCACUAGGUCUCAUAAAACGCAACAUUCCCGUUACUAUCUAUGAACAAGCCGCAGAGUUCAGGGAAAUAGGCGCUGGGGUGGGCUUUUCAGGAAGAAUUAAAGAAAAUAUGGGUGCUCUUGAUUCUCGAAUUCCAGAAGCUCUAUCGAGUGUUUCGAUUGAAUCAAACCAAGCUCUGCGCUGGGUUGACGGCACCACUCAAGAAGAUCUUAGCCUUCGGCCUGCAGACAAAGUAUAUGACAUGCAGAUCCCAGACAAAACUUAUUUCUUUUGUCAUCGAGCCCAAUUUAUAACUGAAUUAAUGAACCUCCUGCCGAGCGGGUGUAUAAAACUCGGCAAGCGUCUAGAUACUAUUGAGCGUGAUGGAGACACGGUUGUCAUGACUUUUACUGAUAAAACAAAGGAGCGCACUGAUGCUGUAAUCGGUUGUGAUGGCCUCAAAUCCCGUGUCCGAUAUCUCGUCAUGGGCGACAACAAUCCCGCUGCGAUACCCCACUACGCUAAUGAGAGUGCAUACCGUUGUCUUGCUGAUAUGGCCAAGGUUGCUCCGUUGCUUGGAAACUUUGCAACAGGGUUUACUGCGUGGAUAGGACAUGGUGCAAGUAUUAUAACAUACCCAGUAGCCAACAACCGAUACUUGAAUGUGGCAGCAUUUGUCCGAGAUGAGCACGGCAGUUGGCCGGACCAAAACAAGCACACAGUUCAAGCAAAUAAGGCAGAGAUCAUUGAAGCUUUCUCCACAUUUGGACCUACUGCCCGAAAACUGAUUGAGGCUCUACCGGAAGACCAAAGUCGAUGGGGUCUGUUUGACACCCUAGACUAUCCACUUCCGACUUAUGCUUUCGGGCCCAUCGCAGUCGCUGGAGACGCUGCCCACGGGUCUACACCUCACCAUGGCAGCGGUGCCGCCAUGGGAAUCGAAGAUGCCAUUGUUCUAGCCACUAUCCUAGAAAAGGCCGCCACAGUGUUGUCGACAGUCGAGACAGGAGCUGUUAGUAAAGCCACUGUGCUAGCAAAUGCAUUUCAAGCAUAUGACUCUGUCCGAAGGGAGAGGUCUCAAUGGCUUGUUUCUAGUAGCCGCAGACAAGGUCAACUGUCUAAAUUGGAAAUCCCAGAGGUUGAUUCCAACGAGAAAUUUAUCAAAGAUACGAGUGAGCGAGUCACAAAGCUCUAUUUUUUCGACUGGAAAGCAAUGAUUGUGCAGGGUAUUGAAGAUUUCGAGCGCCGAAUGGCGGGAUCUGAAAAGGUGUGA